GCUCUCGCGGAGGAAACGUUGCCACCUCCGGCCGCUUCCUUUUCCACCGGACUGGAGCGGCGAGGGACACGAGGCGUAGCAAGCGGAAGGGGGGAAAUCGAAGCUUCGUCGGAGAACCCGCCCGAGUGCGCCGUCGGUUGGUUUCCGGGCUGUGUCGCUAAUUGCUGCGGGUUCUUGGGAAAUUUUGGGGGCUUUUCGUUUGGUGUUUGGAGAUGCUUGGAUUCAAGGUUCUUUCUUUUCUGGCUGGUUUUCUAUUCGUUUCUGGAUGCUUGGAUUGGGGAACUGAGCGGAAUGGAGGUUCGCGAACGGGUGGUUUCUCGUUUCCCCGCUACUUUCUUGGCUGGUGGUUGGUCUUUGCUUAUGUGGUUAUUUUCAGCGAUUUUCUUGAAAUUCCUUUCAGAAAACUUGGACGGAGAUCGUGGGCUUUUACUUGAUUAUACGAGGUACGAGCAGGAGCAAGGGGUAGUUCUUGCUAGCCCAAAUUGAAGUUAAGAGUCGAUUUCUUGGUUGCUCUGUUGAUGGGAACUGAACCGGUGGCAUUUUAAUUGAUUUUGUUUAAAUCACCUCCAAAAAAUUUAGACGGAUCAUGAAUUGUUUCUGGCAGCAAUGGGGUUAAUUGCCUAUCUUUUCUGGAAAAGAAUCAAUUUAUUGGGGUUUUCUUGGUUCAUGGGAAAUGAACUAACACUAACAGUGGUCUCCUACCGUUAUUGUCGUGAAGGGAAUUGAUCAGGGGGCUUGUAUGAAUCUAGUAGGAUUUUUCUCUCUUUUGAACUUUCUUGUUGGGCGUCAAACAGUUGCUGGACAAUAACUGUACAGAUGACACAAUUUUCUUACAUUUUGCUGGCUGGCAACUUUGCAUUGAUGCAUAACGCCUAAUCCACAUUUUCAAAGGUUUUCUGAUGGAUGGUGAUGAAGCGAAGGAAUCAGCUCUGGAUUGUGCAUCCAGUGCAGUCACUACUAUGUGUCUUGAUGCCUCUUGUGAGCAUGAAUCAACACAAUCGGACAAGAAGCAGCACAAGAGGAAGAGGGCCUUCUCUGAAUUGGAUAUUGUGGAUAAAGAAUUUGUAUCUGCUGAAUGGCAGCGAGAACUUGAUGCAUUGUAUGAGUAUUACAGGGAGGUUUCUGGUCAUCAUGUGAAUCCAGAGGAGCUUGAGUGCUUGACAGGCGACUCGAUUAUAGCAUGCUUGCUGGAGGAGAGCAGUCUUCCCUGUGCAAAGUUAACAGAUAAAAUCUACAAAAGGUUGAAACUGCAAGAUGGCGUCACUGUCUCUUCAGUGCGCAACUCGGUGCUCAACGUUGGUAGGAGAUCUUCGUAUGGAAUUUGUGCUAUAGAUGUCGAUGAGCUGGAGGACGAGUCUGAUUCAAGCCUUUGGUGUUGGGAGACACAAGAUUUGGCAUUGUUACCCUCGCAUCUAUGUAAUGGUUUAAGCAUUCGACGGACAGCUCGGAAGCUUAUCCAUGAAAGGAUUCUGGCUCUUUCAGGCAAGCUGGCUGCCAAAGACGCCCCUAAUACUCAUAGCAACCAGGACUCUCAUUCAGUAAAUGCUGUGGAAGUGCCAAAUCUGAAUGAGAUUUGCUCUUUCGUUGAGAAGUCAAAACAAAAGAAUGAUGCUGACAUAACUAAAAUGCACAGCAAAACAAAAGCACAAGAGUUACAAGCUACCAUGAAAGCCGUGAAGGAACAGCAAAUGAUGGCGAGGCAGAUUGAAAAUGAGGAAAAGAAGAAAGAUAGGGAACUUAAACAUAUGAAAGAAAAAGCUAAGAGGGAAGCAAAACGUAUCGAGAGAGACAAUAAGCAGCUAAAGAAGCAUCAGGAAGAAGCAGAGAGGGCAAAGAAGAGGAAAGAGAAGGAAGAGGCUGAGUUGAAAAGGAAGGCUUCCACUAAAAAGCAAGCAAACUUCAUGGAAUGUCUUUUCAUAAAAAAGCCGAAUAGCAUCAUGAAAAAUUCUAGUAGUCACCACUUGGAGAAGACUGCAUGUUCGAAAUCAUCAGGAUCUAUUGAAGAACUUUCCGUUGCAGCUACAUCAGCAAUGGACUGUACAUUAUCUCAAGCAAAUCAUUUGAGAGUGGAGGAAUUCUGGGAGGCACAUGUUUCUAGAUGGAGAAAACUCUCUCAACAUAACAGAUUGCACCAUUGGGGUGUUAGGAGAAGUCCUAAUGUUCAGUUGUUUCCUGAGCUAAAGCUACAGAAGUCAUCUGCAACUGCACAUUCUGAUAAUAUAUCGACUCCAACAAAAGAGCACUCAUCUCGGGAGAGCACAGGAAGCCUUGAUUUCAACAAACUUCUUGAUGAACUGAAAACGCCAUCUCAUGAUAAGAAUAUCCCUUUUAGAACUGCUCAGAAUAGCAUAUCAUCUUCAGUUCUUUUUGUGAAGAAGCUUUUGCAGUUUGAUAGAAGCUUUAGGCCAGCAUAUUACGGUACCUGGAGAAAGAAGAGUUCUACAGUUAGUGCAAGGCAACCCUUUCAGAGGGAUCCAGAACUCAAUUACGAUGUUGAUAGUGAUGAAGAAUGGGAAGAGGAGGAUCCUGGUGAAAGAUUAUCUGAUUCUGAGGAAGAAGAUAAGACUAAGAAUGAACAUGAUUCCAUGAUUGAUGUGGAAGAGGAAACUGAGAACAGUUUUGUAGUGCCUAAUGAUUAUCUUUCAGAGGAUGAGGGCGUGCAAUAUGAGCCUAUAUGUGUCAAAUUUGAUGAAACCUGCAGCAUGCUGAGCAACCCUGGGGUUACAGUUGAGCAGAAAUUUCUUCAUAGUGCCACUGAAGAUGCUCUCAGGAUAGACAGGCCUUUAGUCAUAUCCAACCUAGAUCAUGGGAAACUUGACCUGCUGAAAGCUGAAGAUAUCACUGCAGAGAGACUCUGUUUGCAAGCUCUUUGUAUGAAGAAAUACCGCAACGGCCCCAUCAUUGAUGUGCCUAUGGUUGUUAAAGUGACAAUGGAAGAUCCAGCAUUUUGCCGAUCAAAUAAAAAGAGCCCUAGAACACCUGUAUCAUCCAAAUCCAUUUCAGAUUCGGACAUGCCUGAAUUUGCCAAACUAGUUACAUCAUGCUCUCAAGGGAUGGGCAAAUUGGUGGAGGUAUUACAUGAGAGAUUUCCAUGUGUCUCUAGGACGCAACUGAAGAACAAAGUUCGGGAGAUAGCUGAGUUUAUCCAUAACCGCUGGCAGAUAAAGUUGGAAGCCACAAAUGUGCAGGGCCGCACUCCUCCCAACAGUGCGUGUCACCCGAUGAACCAGGAAGGACAGGCGAAUCUGCUCCCCAUUCCGCCCUGAAAUCCGAAGUGAGCAGACGACAAAUCGGUGCCAAAGGUUCCAGUGGCAGCGCACUGCAUACUGAUCCUUGAUAAUUGAGGUUACCGUACCAAGGCUGUCGCUGGCCGUAAGGAAGGUUUUGGUAGCACAGCGCAUGUAUAUGCUCGUUAUUAGGUUAGGUUAUACAAAGUAUAGAUAUGUUCAGUACACAGAAUCCCAUAUACUAGCAAGUAGGCGCUGUAGCGUGUGCUGUGUAACCGAGGGCCUGUUUGGAUGAAUGGGAUGAAUGGGAAAGAGAAAGAGAAAGUGCAAAA